AUGCGCGCGACGAAGACGACGGCCGCCGCCGCCGCCGCGGCGGCGGCGUCUUCCUCCGGCGCCGGCGCGCCCGUCCCGUUCGCGCGCGUCCCCGCGCCGUGGUCGGCGUCCGGGGCGUCCGCGUCCGACGCCGCGACGCCGACGCCGACGCCCGCGCCGCGCGUCGUCAAGGUCGCGCUCUGCCAGCUCGCGUGUCCCACCGCGGACAAGGUGGCGAACAUCGCGCGCGCGAGGGAGGCGAUACGAAACGCCGCGGAGGGCGGCGCCGCGCUCGUCGUCCUCCCGGAGAUGUGGAACUGCCCGUACGCGAACGAAUCCUUCCCCGCGCACGCCGAGACGAUCGGCGCUAACGACCCGACGCCGUCGGUUACGAUGCUCUCCGAGGCCGCGGCGGCGCACGACAUCGUCCUCGUCGGCGGCAGCAUCCCAGAGCGCGGCGUCGGCGUCGGCGGCGGCGGCGGCGCGGACGAGGAGGACGUCCUCUACAACGCCUGCUGCGUCUUCGACGGAAAACGGGGGCUGAUCGCACGACACCGAAAGACGCACCUGUUCGACGUGGACAUCCCGGGGGAGAUAUCGUUCAGGGAGAGCGACACGUUGACCGAGGGCGAGGGGCUCACCGUGGUCGACACCGCGGUCGGGAGGGUGGGGGUGGGGAUAUGCUUCGACGUGCGGUUCGGAGAGAUGGCAGCCGCGAUGGCGAAUCGAGGCGCCGACGUCCUGAUCUACCCUGGCGCGUUCAACACCGUCACGGGACCGCAUCACUGGGAACUCCUGCAACGCGCGCGCGCCGUCGACAAUCAGGCGCGUUCUAUACACUGGUCCCCAUACGACCGCUGCUUCGUCCUGACGUGCUCGCCCGCGAGGAACACCACGGGGGAGGGGUACCAAGCCUGGGGGCACAGCACCGCGGUCGGGCCGUUCGCGGAGGUGCUCGCGACGACGGACGAGCGCCCGGGGAUCGUCUUCGCGGACUUGGAUCUCGGAGAGGUGACGCGGCGGCGGCGGAACAUGCCGCUGGCGACGCAGCGACGCGGGGAUCUGUACGCGCUUCACGACCUCGGCGCCGUGCGCGGGGAUGCGUAG